GAGAGACAGAAGAGACAGACGCGGAGACAGAGACAGAAGACUCGUCCCUCAGGAUGCAGAUGUCCUCUGGUUUGGCUUUGAACGGUCUGGCCCCAGAUUACACCCCGGUGCUCUGAGGUCUGAGGCCCAGCUCCAGCUCGAGGUCCCUAAGACCAGACUUAAAACCAGAGGGGACAGGGCCUUUUCUGUGGAACGUCCCCCCACGUUCAAACAGCUCCACUGUGGAGAGUUUAAGUCUCGACUUAAGACCCACUUUUAUUCUCUGGGUUUUAACACCUAAAAUCUGUGUUUGUGUUUGAGUCGGACAGAAGUGAGGACUCUGUGUGAACAAGGACCCCACAACAUGUAAAUUCCAAACACAGGUCUGUGCUCUGAACAUGGACACGUCCCAGGAACAUGGACACGUCCCAGGAACAUGGACACGUCCCAGGACAGCAGCUGGAGACCUCUUCAUUUAAACGUGACGCUAAAUUAAAAUAAUCCACAAUGAGCUGCUCCAAACGAGAGCGUCCACUUGCGAUGGAAGAUUGGACCAAAGAUGACGUUCGAGAAUGGCUCGUUUCAGACGUCAAAGUCAGUCAGACUUACGCUCAAAGGUUUUUUGACGAGGAAGUGUCUGGGGAGUAUUUAGUGUAUUUUACCAAAAGUGAGAUACUGGACUUGGACAUAAAACAUGGCCCAGCGGUGAAAAUCACAAACCAUGUAAAACAGUGGAAGCACCAGACGAAGUGUGAGCCUCAGUGUCCUGCAUAUGUGCAGCGCUGGACAAAGGAGCAGGUGCAGCAGUGGUUACUGCAGCACGUGAAGCUCUACGACAAGUACGCCCAGCGCCUGCUCCACGAGGAGGUGUCGGGGGAUUGCCUGGUUUGCUUUGAGAAGCAGGACUUUAAGGAUCUGGACAUUAAACAAGGUCCAAUAGUGAAGAUCCUGGCAGACCUUAGACAGUUGAAAGACAAACCAGAGCCGGAGCUGCUGCCUGUAGUGGAUGCAUCCACAGAAGAGGAGAAGAACCAGCCGGUCCAGCCAGUGCCAAGUGUGUCUCCACCAGCACCACAACCACCGCUACAAGCAACGCCACAACUACUACCACAACCUGCGCCACAGAAGAAACCCUAUGUCCCAAACUCCUCCAGGAGACCAUCCCAACAACUGGCAGCUCCAAACAUAAAGUCUCCAGCAGAGGUCUCGGGAGCAGAAAGUUUUAAAGACAACAAUGAAAUCACCAUCUACAAUGUGUUGAAUAACCUUGUGGAGCAAGAGAUAAAACAAUUUUGUUUCCACUUAAAAGACUACACUUCGCCAAAGCACAAGCCAAUUCCGCGAUGCAAACUCGACAAAGUAAAUCAAAUGGACAUUGCCUCAUUAUUGUGUGCAAACUAUGCAGAGGAAGCCCCUCGUGUCACAGUGGAGAUUCUUCGAGCAAUCAACAAAAAUGAAAGUGCUUUAGAGCUGGAGAAAACUGUGGGUGCGCGGAAGGUUAAGGAGUUGCCCUCAAAGGACAUUCUAAAAGCUGAAGCUGAUCAAGGGGACAAGCUGAAAAAUCUGUUGACGUGUGGCGGAAACGCGCUGGAUAACUACGAUAAGUUUAUUAUCGUCCUGAAUAAGAGCCGCCCAGAUCAGGUGCAGCACCUCCACUUUCUGAACAAACUGAAACUGUUCUGUGUGCUGGACUUUGACCCAAACUCGGCGUGUCCAGGAGGCGUCUGUCACUCCUAUAGAGAGUCGAGGGUGGCCAACCUGCACAGCCCAGCACAAUAUGAGGGAAAAAAUGAAUCAAUCAUAGAGAAGCUAAAUCUGUAUAAACAGACAAGCUGGGUCUUCUGUAACGGAAGAAAUGAUCUAGACGAUGCAUCACACCAGGAGCUGGACUAUAAGACCUGGCUGAAGACGUCCUGCAGAGAUGUGGAGCACCUAGUUUCAUUCGUUUGCAAACCAGAGGUUCUCUGUCACAGAGAAUUUCUGAUCAUCUUCCUCUUAUUGUCUCCAGUUGAAACUGAAAAAGAUCCCAUGUUUGACACGUACAGGUGUUUCUACAAAAACACAUCAGAGAAAAACAUAGUCACACUGUGCGAGUCCAAGAACGCAUAUUCAAAAUGGAGGGAGCUGGUUCAAGAGAAAUGUGACACAGACAUCGACCCAUUCUCCAUAAACGAGCUGAGUCUGAGAGAAAUCAAUGGCACCAUCAUGGCCCUGGGGCCAAUCGGCCAGUCCACUGUGAAACUGCUGCCCUCUGCAGGCUCUAGCUGCAUUGUUCUAAAACAGAAGGAGGAAGAUCUGAUGACCGCUCUGGAGGUUCUGUGUGUAAACCAGUGUGAGAAAAUUUACAAUGAGAACAGUGAACAGUUCAAACUGUUCAAACUAAAAGAAGAAGAGGAAUUCUACCGAGGCGGCAAGGUGAAAUGGUGGAAUUUUUAUUUCUGCGAAAAAGACAAGGAACGGCCCUUCAUCAAGAGGGACAAGUACAAAAAUGUAAAGAUGAUGAUCACAACUCAAUUAAAAGAUCCCAAAAACACCUGCGAUGUGCUGACUCUGUUUCACCAUCCGGGCUGUGGGGCCACGACUCUUGCAAUGCACGUCAUGUGGGACCUCCGCAAAGAGCUCAGGUGUGCGGUUCUCAAGGACAACAAAGUCUCAAAAGAGGAAGUGGCCCAUCAAAUCAUAAAACUCAUGAAACUCGAGCAUGAGAAGCCGUGCACAGUUUUACUCUUAGUGGAUGAUUCAAAGGACACUACCUAUGAACUUGUAAACUUUAUUCAGAAAACUGUGUCCAACAUGAAUAUAGACUACACCCACCCCUUUAAGGUGAUCAUUCUGACCUGUGUGCGCAGCCACAGUCCAAAGAACCAGUACAAGGACCACAACACUCCAUGCCAGUACCUGACUACAUCUCUGACCGCAGAAGAACAGCAGGACUUUGAAAAGAAACUCAAAGAAUUGGAAAAAACUCACAGUAAGCCAGAUAACUUUUACAGUUUCAUGCUCAUGAAGAGUAACUUUGACCCGCGGUACACUCGAGACCUUGCCUCUAAUACUCUGGAGAGUUUUGAUACGAGCACUAAGAAGGCCAAACUGUUUGCCUUUCUAGCACUGCUCAAUACAUAUGUGGCUGAUUCAGAGAUCUCCCUCUCACUCUGUGAGGACUUCCUGGGGAUUAAAAUGAUUAGAUGGAAAGAGGAUGGGAUGCUGAACAGAAUGGCCCCAUAUUCAAACCUCCUCAUCAUAGAUAAAGUUGAAGACUGGGGAGGGUACAAAGGAGUUCGGAUCCUGCAUAACCACAUAGCAGCUGCUUGUCUGACAGAGUUUGAGAGACGACAUGAGCUCACGGUCAGUGACAUCACAAUGGAGAUUUUACACUGUGAUCUCUUUUACAGUGCAGGAGUUGUUAAAAACAGACUUAUGAAGAUCAUAGAACAAAUGCUGAUUGAACGGCAACUCAAGAAGGGUGGAGAAAGGGAAUCAUUUUCACCACUUGUUGAAAAAAUCCACAAUGAAAAAGGAAGACAAACGAUUCAGGAAAUUUUUGUGCAGGUCUCCUGCAGGUUUGAAGUCAGUCCGUCCAUUCCCCAGGCCCUGGCCAGAUAUCUGUACAUUAAAGAGCAGGACUUCACUGAGGCUCUGAAAUGGGCUCAAAAGGCAAAGAACAUCAGAGAAAACCCAUUUACGUUUGACACGAUUGCUCAAGUCCACAAAAGUAAUUUAAAAUAUAACAUGGAACGAGAAAAGCAAAAAAAAUCACACAGUCCUGAAGGUCUUCAUCAGAACCUUAAAAUAGCAGUAAAUGCUAUUGCAGCCUUUGAAAGGGCACAGGAACUUGCACCCAAUGAUGAUGAAGAAGAGCCAGAAGAUGAUCAAGACUAUCCCAGAAAGUCGUACACUGUUUAUGGCUAUGUUGGAGUUGUGGAAAUUACAUUUUUGGUAUUUGAAGUACUGGGCAGGGUACCAUUUUUUGAUGAAAAUCAACAUCCAAUGAACAAGUUGUAUCUGAAGAGUUUUUUAGAGAGUAAAAUUCCAAUCACAAAUGUUCACAAGGACAACAAUGAAAUCAAUGAGAAAUAUGUGGAAGUCAUUCGUGAACAUGAACAUUUCCUCAUAAACCUGAAAAACAAGGUCAAAGACACAUUUGACAUCCUGAGUUCUUUCUUUACAUACUUAAAACCUAUCAAUUCAGAAUUCGAUUCAAAAAACCGCUGGACCAUCAGUGAACAUUUUAAAAAGUAUGUUAAGAUGUUUUGCAUUGAACCAGAACAAGUGAAAAAGGAGCAUCAGAGCAACCCUCAACUCGCUUUGAAAAUGAUGAUGGAACAAAAGAGGCUGUUCCUGGAAGAGAAAAACGCAGACACUUUUUCAGGAAUUCUUCAACAUUUGGACAGAUCUGCAGAAGAGAUGGAGGAGAUCACUCAGGCCUAUGCAUAUCUUUAUAAACACAAACAGUUUAGCAGCCAAACACAAGCAACUAAAGUAACAACCAACUAUAUCCUGUCCAACAUCUUUCUUAACCUCUCAAAGUCCAAAUCCAAACACGUGCUGGGCUACACAGCGCUCUCAGACAUGCUCAGAAAGACUCUGCAGGAUGUAGGUCUUCGCUCAAACUUCCCAGAUCCGUACUACACAGCCCUGCUGCUGUUCUGGCCCAAUCCCUCAGAUGAAACCACCGACAUCCAAAAAUAUGUCACUGCAAUUCGACAUGCUUCUCGAAAGCACCUGUCUCACUUUAAGGGUCGGAGCACUGUCGCUCACCUUUUUCUGGCAAAAGGAUCAAGUCUCACACGACUUGUUUCCAAGUUACAAUUGGAUAAAAACUUUAAAGGAAUGUCUCGUAAUAGUCUGGCACAGCUCUGGCGCAGUGGUGACAUUUUCAGAGAGAAGAUAAUAAAAGACAAGCUUCUUCGAGUUAAUGGAACCAUAGAAGAAGAAGAAAUCUAUGCAAAAUAUGGAAGUCAGAAAGUUCAGGUCCGUCCAGCUCUGAUUUCAGGCACAAGAAGCGGCUUCAGCACCGAGAAGGUCUCAUUCUUCUUGGGCUUCGCCAUUAAUGGACCUCUUGCUUAUGAUAUAAAAAGUGAGAAUUAAGGAAGACUUCAGCCUCUGCUGCCUCCUGCUGUUCUUAUUGUUGAGAGAUUGAAGCUGGAUGUGGAUGUCUAAUUGUUCCUCUCAUAAUCAGCCUCUUCAUGUCACUGUGAACAAAUGAACUUGCUGAAACCAUAUUAGAUUUAGGUCGUGUCCCAAAUCACCUAAAUUCCCUUCGACGCACCAUUUGAAGUGUGCGUCGAAGGGCAGGUACGUGAUUUCUGGAGUGACAAGGUCCAUUUCAAUUCACCCGACUGAAUGCGCCCGACAAACGUGCCCUGUGUUUCCAGUGAAUAUGGAGUCCACUGCACAACACACGUUCAAACGUUUGUACUGGUUUAUAUCACCUACAAAAGUGCGACAUGAAACUGUUAAAUCUGAAUAAAGAUCUGUACAGUGAGUUUGAGGAUUAAAAAGAGGAGUUACAUUGAAUAAAGGAAUGUGCAGUUAUUCACAGACAAUAAGAAGAAGAAGAAGAAUACAUAAUUAUCAUUAGAAAUUAUUAUUGCAAUAAUAAGAAUAAUGUAAGGAUGUUCAUUUUUGGUGUAAGAGUUAAAGACCAAGAGACUGAAACAUAAAGUCAGAAGAAUUUAAUGAUUUCCACAGGUAAAGUGAACAAUGAAGCAACAAACUCAGGAAAGAACAGAAGAAAGUCCUGAGAUGUGAUGGAAAGCUUUUAUAGGGUCCCCCAAUGUGUGUGUGUGUGUGUGUGUGCGCCCCCUGGUGGUCACAUGUCUUUAGUAAAUCCAGAUACAGUUUGUUGCUGCGCUGAUAGAAAAAAAUGUUUCCUCUGUCUCUGUUUUUAUGUUUAUUUUGUUAAAGUUCUGAAGUCGCUACAACUGGAAAAAACUCACCUGAACAUUAUAUUUGUCUAAACAGAAAUA